UAGUGGUCAGGAACUCGAACCUUCAGUGCAAUGACGUUUCUCUAGUUCAGAUAAUAGUUAACUCGAGGUUAAAGAUUAAUAGCCAAGGCAAAUGGCUGUAUAAAUGGCUCGGGCUAGCGGGAUGUACGUAUGUACCCUGCCUCCAGCUCCCCACGCCGCUGAGGUGCGAUCCCUCGCCAACGACAUGAACUGCCCGCGGUCCCUGCUGAGCCGCUGCUGGCUGCCUCCCCUGCUGCUGCCGGCGCUGCUGGGCCCUCGCCUCGUAGCCGCCGCAUCCCCGCAGCCCCUGCAGUGUGCGCCGUGCACGCAGGAGAAGCUGGCCCUCUGCCCGGCCAUCGAGCCCGGCUGCCCUGAGACGGCUCGGCAGCCCGGCUGCGGCUGUUGCCAGACCUGCGCCCUCGGGCCGGGCCAGUCGUGCGGGGUCUACACGACUCGCUGUCGCCACGGUCUCCGCUGUCGCGUCCCGUCGGGUGUGACCCGGCCCCUCUCCGCCCUCAUCCAGGGCCAAGGAAAGUGCCUGCCCGCCAGCGAAGCUGGAGGGACGCGCUCAGCUGAGCCGGCAGAUUCUACUGAGCCUGAGGAUAUACCUUUAGAAAGCUCUGAAAUGACACAGGAUCAGAUGAUGAGCUAUCAGAUGAUGUUUCCCAUGAGCCAGGACAAAUCCAUCCCUUGGAAUUUCAUCACUGUAUAUGAAAACAUGAAAGCAAAGAGAAUAUUUGAACUCAAGAAAUGGAAAGAACAGGGACCUUGUCAGAAGGAGCUCUAUAGAGCUCUAUAUAAAUUGGCAAAGGCUCAGCAGAGAAGUGGAGGGGACAUUUACAAAUUCUAUUUACCCAACUGCAACAAGAAUGGAUUUUACCACAGCAAACAGUGUGAAACUUCACUGGAUGGAGAGUCUGCUGGGUGCUGGUGUGUCUAUCCAAAUAAUGGAAAAAAAAUUCCUGGAUCCCCAGAAGUGAAAGGAGACUCUGAUUGCCAACAGUAUCUCAGAUCAGAAGAAUAAAACCAGUCACAUUCAUUUACACCAGGUUCUCUGUGGAGCUUGAACUUAUCAGGAGCCAUUUCAGGCAGGAGACAUUCCAAGAAGGUAGCUGCAGGCUCACGGGCAGCCCCAUAAAAUAGCUUUUUUUACUGUACUGGCAUUACUUAGAUGCAAAAUUGACA